AGGCCAGACUGGACAUUGAUGGUGCAAAAGCAGGGCUCGAUGUUGACGCCGGCAUAGUGCCGGAAGUGUCCAUAAAGGCGGGUCCGGUGGUUGUCGAUGUGCCCACUGUCGAUAUUCAGGCCUCUGUGCCCGGUGAUGUUGAAUUGCCUAGCCUUGAUGUGAAGGCACCAGAUCUGGACGGAGAGAUGAAUGUGAAAGCAGGCAUCGAGAUGCCAGAGGCACAUCUGAACAUUGAGCCGCCUGCCGCAGACAUGAAGGUGGAUGCUGGUGGCAAGUUUGAGCCUCCAUCCUUGAAGAUGAAGCUGCCUCAUCCUCACCUGAAGCUUGGCGCAUCGGGCAAGGCGAAGGCCCCGAAGGUGGAUGUGGAGAUGCCUGAGGUGGAUGCUGGUUUGGACGUGUCUGGCGGCGUGGAAGUGCCGUCUGCGGGCAUUGACGUGAAUGCAGACGCUGAUUUGGACGUGGAUGCUGGUGGUAAGAUUGGCCUGAAGAAUCCGAAGUCGCCGUCCUUCAAAGUGAAACUACCACAUGCGCACUGGAAGAUGGGCAAGUCGGGCAAAUUGAAGAUACCGCAGGCAGAAUUAGAGACGCCACAUGUGGAUGCUGGUUUGGACGUGUCUGGUGGGGUGGAUGUGCCAUCGACGGAAUUGAAGCUAGAUGUGGACACUGAUAUGGACGUGGGNCCGGAAGUGUCCAUAAAGGCGGGUCCGGUGGUUGUCGACGUGCCCACUGUCGAUAUUCAGGCCUCUGUGCCCGGUGAUGUUGAAUUGCCUAGCCUUGAUGUGAAGGCACCAGAUCUGGACGGAGAGAUGAAUGUGAAAGCAGGCAUCGAGAUGCCAGAGGCACAUCUGGACAUUGAGCCGCCUGCCGCAGACAUGAAGGUGGAUGCUGGUGGCAAGUUUGAGCUUCCAUCCUUGAAGGUGAAGCUGCCUCAUCCUCACCUGAAGCUUGGCGCAUCGGGCAAGGCGAAGGCCCCGAAGGUGGAUGUGGAGAUGCCACAGGCAGAGGCAGACCUUGAUGUGUCGGGCAAAGUUGACGUGCCUUCAACGAAGGUAGUCAUAGAUGCCGAUACGGAUUUGGAUGUGGAUGCUGGUGGCAAGAUUGGCGGCAUUGGCAAAAUGGGUGGAUUCAAGGUAAAGAUGCCGCACGCGCACUUGAAGAUGGGCAAGUCGGGCAAGGUGAAGGGUCCGAAGGUGGAUGUGGAGAUGCCUGAGGUGGAUGCUGGUUUGGACGUGUCUGGCGGCGUGGAAGUGCCGUCUGCGGGCAUUGACGUGAAUGCAGACGCUGAUUUGGACGUGGAUGCUGGUGGCAAGAUUGGCCUGAAGAAGCCGAAGUCGCCGUCCUUCAAAGUGAAACUACCACAUGCGCACUGGAAGAUGGGCAAGUCGGGCAAAUUGAAGAUACCGCAGGCAGAAUUAGAGACGCCACAUGUGGAUGCUGGUUUGGACGUGUCUGGUGGGGUGGAUGUGCCAUCGACGGAAUUGAAGCUAGAUGUGGACACUGAUAUGGACGUGGGCGCAGGCGGCAAGGUUGACGUGCAUGGCAAGUCGCCGUCCUUCAAGUUGAAGAUGCCUAAAUGGCACUUUGACAAGUCGGUCAAAGUUGAAGCUCCCAAAGUGACUGCUGAGUUGCCUGAGGUGGAUGCUGGUUUGGACGUGUCUGGCGGCGUGGAAGUGCCGUCUGCGGGCAUUGACGUGAAUGCAGACGCCGAUUUGGACGUGGAUGCUGGUGGCAAGAUUGGCCUGAAGAAGCCGAAAUCGCCGUCCUUCAAAGUGAAACUACCACAUGCGCACUGGAAGAUGGGCAAGUCGGGCAAAUUGAAGAUACCGCAGGCAGAAUUAGAGACGCCACAUGUGGAUGCUGGUUUGGACGUGUCUGGUGGGGUGGAUGUGCCAUCGACGGAAUUGAAGCUAGAUGUGGACACUGAUAUGGACGUGGGCGCUGGCGGCAAGGUUGACGUGCAUGGCAAGUCGCCGUCCUUCAAGUUGAAGAUGCCUAAAUGGCACUUUGACAAGUCGGUCAAAGUUGAAGUUCCCAAAGUGACUGCUGAGUUGCCUGAGGUGGAUGCUGGCAUGAAGUUGGACACUGACAUCCGACUGCCUGAGGCCAGACUGGACAUUGAUGGUGCAAAAGCAGGGCUCGAUGUUGACGCCGGCAUAGUGCCGGAAGUGUCCAUAAAGGCGGGUCCGGUGGUUGUCGACGUGCCCACUGUCGAUAUUCAGGCCUCUGUGCCCGGUGAUGUUGAAUUGCCUAGCCUUGAUGUGAAGGCACCAGAUCUGGACGGAGAGAUGAAUGUGAAAGCAGGCAUCGAGAUGCNCUCCCCUCCUCCCCUUUCUCAUUCCAGUCGUCGUCACCGCAGCUACCACCAUCAUCUCAUCAAUGAAGGCACGUAA